GAUAGAUGGUAUUCUGAAACAAUCCGCCGGCGGUAUCGAUAAAUCGUUCUGCUUGUGAGGUAGUUAUUCUAGCCGCAUUAUGAAGCUAGUAAGAUUUUUGAUGAAACUCAGUCACGAGACUGUGACGAUAGAACUAAAAAAUGGCACUCAAGUCACCGGCACAAUUACAGGUGUUGAUGUUGCCAUGAACACACAUCUAAAAACAGUAAAAAUGACAAUAAAGAAUCGUGAACCAAUACAACUGGAGACUCUUAGUUUACGAGGAAACAAUAUAAGAUACUACAUUUUGCCUGAUUCAUUACCAUUAGAAACAUUACUAAUUGAUGAUACACCGAAGGCUAAAGCCAAGAAGAAGGAAGCUGCGAGAGGUGCUGCCCGUGGUAGAGGACGCGGCGCCAGGGGCGGUAGAGGUGGCAGGGGUGGACGAGGUAGAGGGAGAGGCAGGCGAUAGUGACAUUCAACAUGUUCUUCACAUGUAUUUUCAACAUACACAUUUUUCUAUCUUUGUGAAAAGAAUCAUUAUUCUGCUAAUUUUAUAAAAACGAAUCUAUGCGAAGCUGUUUUCUUGAUAUAGCCCUGAUAAUAUAUUUCAAGAUGAUGUGGACAUCCAUUUUUAACAGAUUUAAAUGUAGGGCACACAAGCAUUCCGAUAUUUUA